CGUCCAGCGUGAGAGGAGGUUCUGUACGUGGCAACUGAAACCACCUCUAGCCUGCUCCUACCCCCGAGUGGAACUGCGUCCACAGUCAAAGGUGUGACUGUAAUCUCCCAAAACUAGAAAAAUAAAGGUGAUUGAAAGAGGCAGAAUGAGGAGGUUCCUGUCUUUAGUGUCGUGGACUCUGCUCUGCUGCUGCUGGACCGCACAGGCAGACAUCUUCACCUCCAUAGGCCAGAUGACAGACCUCAUUUACACAGAAAAAGAGCUUGUACAGUCUCUGAAGGAGUACAUUAAAGCGGAGGAGUCCAAGCUAGCUGCAGUCAAAAGCUGGGCCAACAAACUAGAUGUCCUGACCAGAGUGUCUACCUCUGACCCAGAGGGCUACCUGGCCCACCCUGUCAAUGCCUACAAGCUGAUGAAGAGACUCAACACAGAGUGGUCUGAGCUAGAGAGCUUGGUGCUGCAGGACCCCUCUGACGGGUUCAUCUCUAACAUGUCGGUACACAGACAAUACUUCCCAGAUGAGGAGGACGAGAAGGGCGCAGCCAAGGCACUGAUGCGUCUCCAGGACACGUACCAACUGGACUCUGAGAGCUUCUCUAAGGGGAAGCUGCCAGGUGUGCACUCCAGUGCCUUCCUGACCGUGGAUGACUGCUAUGACAUGGGAAAGACGGCCUACAACGACGCAGACUACUACCAUGCCGUGCUGUGGAUGCAGCAGUCCUUGAGGCAGCUGGAUGCCGGGGAGGAGGCUGUGGUCUCCAAGGCUGAUGUUUUGGACUACCUCAGCUACUCUGUGUACCAGAUGGGAGACCUGCCUCGAGCCAUUGAGCUGACACGUCGCCUGGUGGCUAUCGACCCCAGCCACCAGAGGGCAGGAGGGAACUUGCGCUACUUUGAGCGGUUACUAUCCAAGCAGCUGAUUGAGUUGAAACAAGUCUACCAACCUGCCUCCGAGGAGCCCAUCCAGCUGGGGACAUACGCCAGGCCCAAAGACCAUCUCCCUGAGAGAGAAACCUACGAGGCCCUCUGCAGGGGAGAGGGGGUCAAAAUGACCAAUGCAAGGCGCAGCCGCCUGUUCUGUCGCUACAGGGAUGGUAACAGGAACCCUCGUCUCCUCCUGAAGCCAGUAAAGGAGGAGGAUGAGUGGGAUAGCCCCCACAUUGUACGCUACCUUGACGUCCUGUCCCACGAGGAAAUUGAGAAGAUCAAGGAGCUUGCCAAACCCAGGCUUGCCAGAGCCACUGUGCGUGACCCUAAAACAGGCGUUCUGACCACAGCUAACUACAGAGUAUCAAAAAGUGCAUGGCUGGAAGGAGAGGAAGACCCUGUCAUAGCCAGAGUCAACCAGAGAAUAGAAGACAUCACAGGCCUUACAGUAGAGACUGCUGAGUUACUACAGGUUGCUAACUAUGGAGUUGGAGGACAGUAUGAGCCACAUUAUGACUUUUCAAGGAAAGAUGAACCUGAUGCUUUCAAAAGAUUAGGCACUGGAAAUCGUGUGGCCACUUUUUUGAACUAUAUGAGUGAUGUGGAGGCAGGAGGAGCAACAGUUUUUCCUGACUUCGGUGCGGCGAUCUGGCCAAGAAAGGGGACCGCAGUGUUCUGGUACAAUCUGUUCAAGAGUGGAGAGGGAGACUAUAGAACCAGACACGCAGCCUGUCCUGUGCUAGUGGGCAGUAAAUGGGUGUCAAACAAGUGGAUUCACGAGCGAGGACAAGAGUUCUUGAGACCCUGUGGACUCACAGAAGUGGACUGAAGUUUGUCUACUACGUAUUGAUACUGCCACCCCCCAGCCCACCACGCAUACACACACACACACACACACACACACACACACACACACAAAGCAAACACUUGUAGUGCCUUUUUCAAUGCAAUCAUGUAACCCGCAAACAUUUAGUACAUACAUAAGAAUACUCUCUUCUCACUUGCCUGUCAAUAAUGUUUACAAAGGAUUAAUGAGGAAGGAGCAUUUCUAAGGAAGGAAUAUGAUAGCAAAUUGUGCCUUGUAUUGAACAUGGCACUGGUGUACAGUGUCUUGGGGAGAGAGUGUUCUUUUUUUUGUAUUAUCUAAGAGGCCAAUCCUGCUUUUUUCCAGCUCCUUGUGUGGUCAUGCAGCUUCCCUCAUAUUCAAUUCAAUAACUCAGUUAAAUUAGAAUUGAUAUUAAUGAGAACACAACGUUGUCCACAAAACAGCAUGAGUUAGAGCUGAUGAUCUUGAGUUUCCAAACACACACACUCACUCACAGUCAGACACAUUUUAAAUGUUUUGAAUCUGUUUUCAGUUUAAAUUUCAUUUAAAGUCAUUUCAGAAUCCAAAAAAUUUUGUCAUUACAACACUCCUUGGCAACCCAACGCCACAGAGCCUUAAGAAGACUGAGGUCUUGUUAUUUCUGGGAAACAGUCCUGUGAAAAAGUUUUUAUCCCUUUCCUCAUGUUUGAUAUUGCAUGUUUUUGACACCCAACAUUUUCAGAUCCCCAGGCAGAAUUUAAUCUUAUUAAAAGGGAAACAAGGUGAAGAACACAAAAAUGUAUACUUAAAUGAUUUAGUGAACUAAACUAUUCAACACCCAUGUCCUGAUUACACGGAAUAACUAGUUGCACCACUUUUAGCUGCGACAACUACAGCUAAACACUUCCUGUAGCUCAUGAUGACUAGUUCACAUUGCUGUGAGUUUACAUCCAACCAUUGGGAUGCAAAGUUGCUGGUGUGUUUCAGAUCAUGGUCUUGUUGCCUGAUCCAAAUGUAUGAAGCUUCAGGUCACUGGUGGACAUGAGCUGACCCUCUUACUUCUCUCACACAGAGCAGAAUCUGCGGGUCCUUCAGUUCCGUCAAGAUGUCCAGGGUCUGAGUUUGUGAAACAUCCCCAUAACAUCACACUGGCAGCACUAAGUGUGACUGUUGGCAUGAGGCUCUUACUGUGGAAUGCUGUGUUUGCUUUUUGCCAGACAUAACUUGACCUGUGUCACCCAAAAUGCUGUUUGCUUUUCUCCAGACAUAAAGGGACCCAGAUUGUCCAAAAUGCUGCGUGUGCUUUUCGCCAGAUUUAACAGGACUCGGAUUGCGAGUCAAUGUGACUCAUCUGUACUUGGAACAUUGUCCAAGGUGUAUUGGCAAUCGUUUGGGUACUUUUUGAACAACAUGCGAGGAGCACUCACGUUCUUAGAGGGAGUGUUGUCCAGGCUUCUUGUGGCUGCAGAUUCAUCAAUACUUACUUAAGCUGAGGCAAGAGAAGGUUACACUUCUUCAAAUGUUCUAUGAUUGAUUGUGGCUGCCUGGACGUUAUUACCAUGCAUUGUUGGAUUCACUGCCACACCAUGUUUUCUCAGUUUGGAGAAGACUUUCAUCAUAGUUUCACCAGAAUUUUGGCUGUGGCAUCCUUUCCAGAGUGAAAGAUACAAACAGCUUGUACAGGGCUGGAUAUAGAAGAGAAAAAGAGACACUUUUUUGUUCUCACACAAAAAGAAAACAUAAAGCAGUCACAUAAGAACACCACAUAAGACAUCCUUCGGAAGUUUUAUAGUCCAUGUUCUGUCUAAAAAUAUAUACUAAAACCAUAAAAGCAAAUGGGCUUGGAGAUAUGUGGUAUACACUACACGCAGUAUGAAAGUAAAGUCGUGUCAUUUGCACACAGAUUGAUGAGAGCAGCUUGUGUAAUCGAAUGCAGCAUCAGCAACAUCAGCAACAUCUUCACCUGUUUGACCAAAUCCAAUAUAAAAACAUGCAAAAUUGGCAAAAAAAAAAAAAUCAGAAAGGACAUUACCAGGACCACACUGUAGGUCUGGUUACACCAAAGAGGGGCCAUUUUUGUGUCCAG